AUCUCUUCCUCCUCAUUAUACCAUAUAUACUUUCCACCACUUUCUUCUUUAUACAGAAAAAGAAAGAAAAAACAAAGAAACAUGAAGCUUAGCUAUCUUAUCCUCUUAUCCUUAGCUUUCUUGCUAGGGAUUUCCUCCGCGGAACAAUGCGGAAGACAAGCAGGCGGUGCUGUGUGUCCUAACGGCCUGUGUUGCAGCCAACAUGGUUGGUGUGGCAACACAGAUCCGUACUGCAAGGAAGGUUGUCAGAGCCAAUGCAGCACCGGAGGCACUCCCCCUUCAACACCGACCCCGACACCUAGCGGUGAUGUUGGCAGCAUUAUCAGCAGAGCAUUGUUCGAUCAGUUACUUAAGUAUCGUAACGAUGGACGGUGCAAGAGUAAUGGUUUCUACACUUACGAUGCUUUCAUUGCUGCUGCCAGGUCUUUCAGUGGUUUUGGAACCACUGGAGAUGUUACUAUUCGUAAGAGAGAGUUGGCAGCUUUCUUGGGUCAGACCUCUCACGAGACAACAGGAGGAUGGCCAACUGCCCCAGAUGGUCCGUAUGCUUGGGGUUAUUGCUUUGUUAAAGAGUUAAACGAGGCUGUUUAUUGCACUCCCAGUAAUGAAAAUCCUUGUGCUCCUGGCAGAAAAUAUUAUGGCCGAGGACCUAUUCAACUCACCCACAACUACAACUACGGUCCAGCUGGUAGAGCAAUUAGAAUGGACCUUUUAAACAAUCCGGAUCUUGUAGCGACAGACGCCGUGGUGUCGUUCAAGACAGCCAUAUGGUUUUGGAUGACUCCGCAGGGAAACAAGCCGUCGAGCCAUGACGUCAUCAUUGGAAAAUGGACACCGUCUGCUGCAGAUAGGGGAGCUGGUAGGGUCUCAGGCUACGGUGUGAUCACUAACAUCAUCAACGGUGGGCUUGAAUGUGGCCGCGGUCCUGAUAAUCGUGUGGCUGAUAGAAUUGGGUUUUACAAGAGGUACUGUGAUAUCUUGGGAGUGAGCUAUGGGGACAACUUGGAUUGCUACAAUCAAAGGCCAUUUGCCUAAAAUACUUGCUCGGAAAAUAAGUUCAAAAGUGUCUCCAAAGAGAUCACAUUAAAAUGUACCAAUAGAGUUUUAAUGUAUACAAGUAAUAAUAAUAAUAAUAAUAAUGAUGGCUCAAGAAAAAACUAAGACCAUGUAAUGGGAAAAUUCUAUCUAGUUUUCUCAGUUAUUGAGCAAAGCUGCUUUGGAAUUUGCCAAAGUUAUGAUGAAUUAUAUUUCUUUCUAUGCAUCUCUCACUCCUCUUUUUUCUUCUUUCUGAAUGAAAAAAAGUUUUAUUUC